ACCGUCUCCGCGCAGGGAGCGGGGGAAAUGAGAGCUGUGGAAACACUCGCCCAUCUCUCUCUGUUUCCUCCUCCCCAAGGAAGGGAGGGAGGGUGGGGAGCAAGGAGCAAGAAUUGACAGCGUCGAGGUGUGUGCUGACCUUUCCCUCAGCGAGCGUAGCCAUCUCGCCGCUCCCCCAGCCGAAGGCAAAACCCCAACCCCGGCCGGCCCGCGCUCUCACGCAGCGGCGGCGGCGGCGGGCGAGGAGGAGCAGGGCAACGAGCAACUGUCGCGAGCGAGCGCGCCGUUAGAAGAAGGAGAAGAAGGCGGCAGGGGCGAGGGGGUUGGGAGGGGGAGGGAAAGGGGAAUUUAAAUCCCCCCCUCAGGGCCGGCGAAGAGCGGGAACUACAUCUCCCAUGGUGCCUUGGGCGCGCUCUGCGGUAUCUCAGCUCGGAGUGGGCGAGAAGGGAACCAGGCGCAGCGGCGGUUCCUCUGUGAGGUAAGAGGGCCCCGCGCGUGCGCAGUUGCCCUCGCUCCUCCCCGCCCCCUCGCCCGCUCCGAGGCUGCGGAUCUGUUGUGCCUCUCGCUCUCCUUGCCCCCCCCCCUUACCGGCCUAGGUCGCCGUCUAGUCAAAGGGGCCCGUCGCCGCUCGGAAGGAGAGCCUCCUGCCGCUUCCUCCUCCUCCUCCUCCUUGGCGGCAGGCUCUAGGCCUUGCUUCCCCCGACCGGCUCCUGGCGCCUGUCGUAGCCGAGCCCCCGGGCUCCCCGCACCCGGAGAGGAUGUCGGAGCAGACGGGCUUGCUGAUACCGCAGACCAUGGACAGGUACGGGGAAAGAAGCGGAGGUGCGGGAGGUCAGGCGGGCCCGUUUCCAGGUGCGCCUUGAGGGGGUGAUUUUGGAGCAGGAACCGGGUCGAAGGGAAAGCACGCGUGGAGGCACCGCACCAUCCUGGGCCGCGACGGCCUAUAUGCGUGCAGAAAGUCACGGGGGGAAUUUGAGGGGAGCUGCUUGCCCAAGGCCUGAGCGGAUGUGGCAACGAGGGCUCAAAAAGAAACGCAGGGCUGUUUGUGUCUUUUUUUGGGGGGGGAUUGGAGAGUUGCUGCUUUGCCCCCACCAUGAGCAUUCUGAGGGUUAAUGAGGCCUUGGGCCCACAUAACACACACACGCACCGUUUGCUGUCAAAUGCCUUCCAGUACAAACUGUCGCUAAGUUCACCUUGCAGUAAUCGUAAAAUUAGUAGCCCCUACAGCGCUGUUAAAAACAUCUAUGUCAACACCCACACCCCUAUUUUAGUAGCUUACAGAUCUUGCAUAUAAAACAAUGAGUUGUGAUCAUGGAUGUUUCCACCACAUGGAGCAACCUUGUGCUCAUACUACCAUUGCAUGUCCGAGUAACCUUUUCUAUGUCUUUGUCACUAUCCUUCAGCACUGACUACUUCAGAGUCCCCAGGCCUUCGUUCCAAAAGAGUUUGAAUUCUGUGGCCCAGAAGGACAGGAGUGCUACUGUUCUGGCUUCGUGGUUGCAGGGGAGAAGCAGAGAAUACAGAUUAAGUUAGAAACCUAGUAUGUGGAGGGUUGGGACAACUUUUCAAAGGAUUCUUGUAGAGUUGAGAUCCAGCUAUAUGACUAUGGGUUGCUGUACUAUCUUUUCAUUCCAUAUUGUGUACUGCUACAGUGAUCACUGUAGUUCCACAGUUUUUGUUGGCUUACCUUUUAUCUACAGUAAUAACAUGUAAGAGACGGGUCCUGUUAGUAAUUCUAUAUAAAGUAUAUUGCUUUUCUGUUGUGGUAGGUGGCAUGAUAAUGGAAAUAACCCAGACCUUAGCCUGUGCUUUUUUUCACUUAGUAACAGAAGGUAAAUUCCCAUAUCUUUGAGAACAGCCCUAUUGACUUGAGUAAGGCAAAAUGGUUACAUUAGUCAAUUGAGGAACCACAGUCUCAUUUAAUUGCAUUCCAAUAAUAUAGGCAACAAUGAAUUUAUGUGUGUCCAACUGAUGCAUGACCAUGAUAGGGCACUGCAGCAACCUGGAAGUGGCUGGAAAGGGGACAGGAGCGAAGCAGGCAUAUGCAUGCUCCACCGUCGCAUGUGAUGACCCAGAAUGCAACUCCCACACAAAUCAUGUGUUGCCUGUAUUGUAGUUACUAGAUAUAAGGGGUUGAUAUGGGCUGUUGGAGGAGGGGUAGUACCUCUGGUGGGGGACACAUCAUGCUGUCUGGGGUGGUUUGUCCACCUUUGGUUCCCAUCCUGCACUCAGUCAGCUCUCACCUGUGGUUCUUAGAAGCUGUCAGCAUGCAGCAGUGGCCACACCUCAGGAAAUGGCUUCAGCUGGCUGGCUAAAACAGCUGAGGGUAGCCAAUGGGUCUCAAACCCUCAGUGUGUUAAGGACUUCCCCUGCACGUCAAGACAGGUGUUAGUGGAUUGAGUGGAUAAGACAAAUAGUGGAUCCAACAGUCAAGAAGGUGGUUUCUGCACAUGCUGUAGUGGGAGGUGAGGGGCAGAUGGCUCAUCAACCUGGUAAGGUAGGCCAUUAAGGAAAAGGAAAACCUGAUCGAAACCUCCAUUGCCUUGCAGUUAUACUCAUCCAUAAGAAAGGCUUUGGGAGUAAACCCUGGGGGGAAAUCUGUACCCGCUGCCUUGUGGGACGUCUUUGAAAGAUGAAAAGGCCAAGGAGCCAACCCUACACAAAUCCAGAGUGGAGUCCCUAAGACAGUUAGAUGGCGUCUUGUAUGCAUCCUUCCAGCAACUCCUGCAUCCAAGCUGAUGCCAAAUGUAUUGCUCUGUUUUCCUUUGGACCACAUCAGUGAGGCCAAGAGGGGGGGUCUUAUUAUCUGGGCAGCCCAGGACCUCCAUACACACUGCCCAGGCUUUCGCCCCAGAGAGGUCACUUAGGUGCUGCUAACACAGCAAAAGCAGUGCAGAAGUCGGCAGUUAUGAGUUACUGGUUUCUGCAGCCAUAACAGGCACUGUGAUUCUCCAGUGGUUUGACUGCACCCCUGGAUACACAUUCUAUUGGCUCUGGAGACAAGACAGAUGCCAACUUAAUAGAUAAGUGGAUUUUUUGGUCACAUUGUUUGAAGUGUAUUAACAAAUCAAGAGGAAACACUGUCAUGAGCUAUUGGCAGAAGUUGUAUAGUGUACAAUACUAGUUGCUUGGGAUAUUGCUGUUGGUUUGUAUCCACAAAAUGAGAGAUACAGCAUAAGGAUAAUUCUUUAUUGUACCACCUUGAUGGAAAUGGUUUCACUGGUUUUUAAAGAAGACUUUUAAGUUCAUACUAUUUAGGCUAAACAGUAUAUAGUAUAGCAAAAUAGAAUUUGCUUGCUUUUAGUUCAUGUUAGCCGUCGUGCAAAACUCCUGAAGUUUUAAUUAGCAUUGACUUAACUAAACAAAGAGAAUGCUAAAUGAAAUUUUGGAGAGGCAAAUGCCAAUGUACCAGUGCUUUUUUUCUAGAAAAAUAGGUGCUGGUACUCACCAUGAAGUUGUUACAGUAAGUGCCACACUUCUUAACAACAACAAAAGAGGUGCUGGUACUGUGUACCCUUGAGUACCCCCUGGGGGGAAAAGCACUGCAAUGUAGUUGAUCUUCAUUUAUCAUAUUUAGAAAUGAGUCUUUCUUAGUGAAUACAGGGGAAUCACUCACUUUUGGAAAGUUGUUGCCUUGCCUAUCUUUGUGGUAGGAAUGCCUUUUUUAAAUGAAUGUUGGGAGUUAGUAAGGCAACUUACAUUACAUGCAGCAAACUACCUUAAUUUACCUGAUAUAUGUAACCUGAUAAGGGAUGCGGGUGGCACUGUGGUCUAAACCUUUGAGCCGUUUGGGCUUGCCGAUCAGAAGGUCAGCGAUUUGAAUCUGCGAUGGGGUUAGCUCCCAUUGUUCUGUCCCAGCUUCUGCCAACCUAGCAGUUCGAAAGCAUACCAGUGCAAGUAGAUAAAUAGGUACUGCUGUGGCGGGAAGGUAAAAGGCGUUUCCAUGCGCUCUGGCAUUCGUCAUGUUUCUCUGUGCAUUUAAUCAUGCUGGCCACAUGACCUGGAAAGCUGCCUGUGGACAAAAGUUGUAUCUCCAUAGUUCAGAUGGAUCACUGCUGCUGAGAGAGAGUGGCUUGUCCAAGGCUACUUAGGUCACAGUUCUAUACACAGAUGUAGAAUGCCCCAUUGAAUGCAGUGGAUGAUGACUGAACCAAAGUUCAGGAGUUAUGCUUUGCCAGCAAAUUCUAACAUCUGUCUCUUCUGCAGCCUUUCUUCAUCUUUUAUUGACUUCUCUAAUGUGGAAAUAGUCUCCUGUGACAUAGAGAAAAACUGAGGAGAAGAUCCCCAGCCUGGUUUUUUCCCCUGCCCUAUACAAAGUGUUAUACUACAACCAGUAUCACUCCUCACUGUUGGCCAUGCUCAAAUUGUAGACCUCUAAACUUCUGGAGGACACCAGGCUGGGGAAACCUACCUUAGGUUACUUCUCUCCCCCUGGUGACUUUUGGCCUGGUUCAGAUGUUUGCCUCUGUCUGUUUCCUAGUGGAAGUGCAGACAUUCAGCAGCCCUUCCAUCAUGUUUGUAAUGUACCAUGGAUACCUGCACGUAUAGAGGCACAAUAGCAUUUUUCUCUCCAAAAUGGGAGUGACAGUGUUUUUUCAUUAAAAGAAAACAAGAUUUGCCAUUCAAUAGAGAAUAAGUAUUGAUUAGCUUAAAUUUUAAAGCACUUCCCUGGGAGUAAGCUUGGUGGACUUUUAGGAGAAUUGCUUCUAAAUAGACAUUAAUCUGUAAGUGUUGGCAUAAGUUGUGUAUUUGAAAAUUAUUAUACAAUGGAAAAAAAGGGGGCAAUGAUCACUCACAUUAAAAUUCAGUGGUGGUGUGCUAUUUGCUGCAGGGGCAAUUGAUGUCAUAAGGACAUGUUAAUUCUUCUCAUAUUAUUGUAGGAUAGUAAAUGAAAUUGGAGAUAAAUUUUUUUUUGUUAUAAAUAUAUAUCUUAAUAAAUCUUUUAAAGUACAAGGCAUAAAUACUUUAACUUUAUCUUAUAUGCUCUUAUGUUGAUUUUAAUGUUCUUUUUCCAGAAAAAGUAGUUCUCGUUUUAAAAAUUAAUUUGGAGGCAUUUUUUUGUUCUCUGUAUGCUAAUUUAAACAACAAUCCGUGUGCUCAAUAAAGAAAGGGAUUUUUAGGCACAACUGCAGUUACUAGAAGUAGUUUCUAUAUGUGGAAACAGAAAGUUUAAUGAUUGGGAGUAGCAGUUCUGCAGUUGCUAGAAUUAAUUGCUACCCACGGAAGGAGAAAACAAAUGCCCUAAGCCAUUUACACAAUCAGCAAAACAAAUAAGGUAUUUCAACCAGUAGUAUUUGAAUUAUUUGUCUACACGUUCACAAAGAGGAAGGUCUGCUUCUCAGUGGCAGAAUUAUUUAAGAGCAAAAAAGGCACUUUCUACUUCCUCUUUCCACUCACAAGAUGAGUGAACAUGAUGGUUGAUGCACACAGAUGAAGAGUGGCUGAUUAGUGAAGUUGUGUAAGUAGCAGUGACAAGGCAUAAAAUUCUAGCCUAGUGGUGCAAUAUGAUAAGGAAACAUUGUAGAGUCUUUAAAUAGUGUCAAGAUUAAGUACUUAACAGUGCAAUUCUAUACACACCUACCUUUUGUUUACGUAAGACCUUUUGUAAUUCCACUAAAGGCAAACAUUCAUUACUAUAAUUCAAUCUAAUCAAGAAUAUCUUCAUACAGAUCUUGUGAAAUUUGUCCAGUAAUAACACUACCUUGGUUUCCUAAGAUGCUUCUAGUUCUUCCCCUUUACUGACCAGUUCUGUAUCUAAUUAAAACAACGUUUGGUGUGUAAAACUGCAGAAGUCAGGCAAAUAGGUCAGUACUGUAAUCUCACAGAAAAUAGAAAACAUUGAGAGUUUAGAACAACAUUAAUUUUCAAAAGCAAAUGAUGUAUCCAGCAAAAUAGUUCUACUAGUAGAAGGACUUUUAACUAUACAACAGAACUUCUCCCCUCUUUCCCUGUGCUCCCUCUAAAUCUGUUCUGGAGAUUUCCUCAACCAUUUGGAGCACGUUUCUGGGAUCUGUGGGGGAGAGACGAGGGCAGGAAAGUUCCACUGCUCAGCUAAAAUUCCUUAUGCUAGAAGAAAUGUAAGAUGCCACUCAUUCUGUAUAAAAAAGAUUGAGCAUUCUUUUGCUGUACAUUCUGUGUGCAACAGAAUGGUUAAUAUUGUACAAUUAUGGUUAUGUGUCUUCGGAAAAGGCUCAGGGAAGAAUUCAACGUUGUGCUAAGCAGAACACUCCAUCAGAGCAAGCAAUUCUGUUUGCUUGAUGGUAUAAUUUGCCCUUUCCUUCCCGCCUAAUGUGCUGUUCCAGGAGUUCCUCCAUACCAGGGGGAGGAGAUGGGGGGAAGCCGUAUUGUGCUAGCAGAUGUCCUUGUGUGGGCUUCCCCUGGCAGGACUAGUUAAAUGAAUCUCUUCUUCCUGCACCAUCCAUGUAAAAUUUAGUUGCUCACACUGCUUUAAAUCCCCAGAUUGCUUUUAAGAUAAACUUUGCAGUAGAUUAAUAUAGAAAUUAAGAAAAGGGAGGUAUGAGUAUCUAUCUUCUUGAUGUUUUGUCCACAGAGCCUCACUUACAGGGUCAUAAAUAUUGAAAUUAGUUGUUAUGUGCACAACAGCUGGAAAGUGGUGUAAUCUAGUGGUGCUUGAAAUUUUACUUUUCAAAAUCCCUAUCAAUUGAACUUAAGACACAAAGUAAUAGCCAGCUGUCUGGCACAGAGCAAAUGGAGCCACACCUAUAUUGAAAAACAGGCUCUUCCCUCACAUACUUGAAUACAUUCUCCUUGAACUGGCACGGAACCUGACGGUUGGCAUUUAAAAUCAAAAGGUGGCAGAGCAGCUUUUAAACUGAUUGUGGGGGGAAAGCUGACAGGAACAAAACAGGGUCUGGUUCAGAAGAAGUGUUCCCUUCCCCACCAGAUGAAGAAAAAAAUUGAUUUAAAUAGGGGAGGUGUAGAACUAAGCGUUAAGAGGGCAGGGGGCACAUGGCUGACAUUUCUGACUUACUAAAUGAUGUAGCAUAAAACACACAUGCCAAAAGAUACUUGGAGAGCGAGAGCGACUAUAUUUGUGUGUUUAUGUGCUAAUGGUACUAGACACCUCUGAGCCAAGAUGGGCAAACUGGAGUGUUUGGUCUUAGAGGACAGCAUUGAUAUAGUGGGCAUAAUGGAAACCUGGUGGAACGGAGAGAAACCAGUGGGACAUGGUUAUUUCUGGAUAUAAACUCUACAGGAAGGACAUCAUGGAGGUGGCAUCACUGUACAUUGGGCAUAGAGUCCCCAAGCUAGAAAGCCCCAAAGGGGCAGAAUCCUUCACACAGCUGCUGUGGUUGAUUAUACUGUUCUUGGCCCCAAAAGUGGGCUUACUAUCUUGCCACUGAUCAAAAUGUGAAGCUGAUAUUGAGAUGGAGAAUGAAAUCAAGGAAGCACCCAAAAGAAGAAAGUGCUGUAACUUCGACAUAUAUGUAAGUGGACAAUUGCCAAGGAAGUCCUGUAGCCAGCAGGUUGGCCACUGUGAGAAUAGGAUGCUAAGCUAGAUGUGCUGCUCAAAAUUAACAGAAGUGUCAUUUUUGGGAAACUUGAAAUCCAGGAUGCAAAGAUCCUCUUUCAUGAUGUUAGAACUUGUGGAUCUCCUGUGAAGCUGAAUGCUAAUAGUAGCUAGAAUAAAGAGAUAUUUAUUUUCAAGACUGAAAUAAUAAGUCUGUUCUGAAAUGCUUAAAGUAGAAAAGAGUUGGGGAAAGUAUACUAUUGCUAAUUCAUUUGGUUUUAUAUAGUAAUGUUGAGUUUUUAGAAACUAUGUUUUGUUUGACCUAGCUAGCUGUUUCUAUUUUAGGUUGCAGUCUGAGUAGCGACCUGAUUCUGUACUAAGACCAGGGUAAUGUUUUAUUCAAUACAAGAAAAUGGAAAAUCUGGCAAGAACUGAGAUCCUUGUGUCAAUGGUUUUAUUUAGCUCUUUCUGCUGUAGCUACUGUCAAUAGCAAGAUAAAGCUGAUGACAGAAAACAAGGGAUUUACUAUUCAUUAUUCAUAACUUGCUAAAGGCUUAAGAAUAUAAAGGAUAUCAUGUGAUUCUUUUUGUAGGCCAUCCAUUGUUUAAAAUAUAGCUGUUGAGCAAUAAAUUGGAUGAAACUUCUUGUUUAAAAAAUGUAUGUGACAUUGAUCCAUUGCAGCAUCAAAAUGAAUUUGAUAGUCUUAAUGAUAUAUAUUAUAUUUCAAGCAUAUAACCUAGUAUUAAACAUGUUUUAAUACUUCAAAGUAUAGCCUUUAAUAACUAAUUCAAGGGUGUUAUUUUGCAAGAUUGUAAAGUCAUUUUUUCCUGUCAUCCAAAUGAACUUUAGACCUCUUGGGGUGUCAGGUUGCCCCAAGGCAUGUCACAACUUUAUCUGUGUGGCCCAGUUUUGCACUCAUUAACAGUUCAGAGGUAGCCAUCAUACAUUGUAACUUGAGCAAGCUAUGAAAUAUGCCAUGCAUGUGUCUUCUAGGUAAAAGAGUUGAUAUACCAGUCUGAUAUUAUUUUUGGUUCGAAAGACUCCUCAAAUUUCAGUGAGGAUGUUUAGUAGUUUCUGCAUUUGUGACUUUAUUUCUGUUUUGCUUUUUGAUAUGUGUGUGUGUCUAUGUGUAGAAAUUCCACUUCGUCUGUAAUAGUGAAAAGAAAGAUUGAAUUGUUCAACUUAUUUCCUGUAUGCAUUUUUUUAAAGCUUGGAUAAAUGCUUUUCUAUUGCCGUGUAGUUCUAACAUCUUAGCAACAUCUCAUCAUUUCUUUUUGGGGGGAGAGUGUUGCGUAAAUAAUGGAAAGAUUAAAGUAAACAGGGAAUACCAUUUGUUAGACGUGAAUACAAAACACACACACACACACACAGUGGACAGAGCUGUAGUGAAAUAAAGGUAGUAAUAAUAGCUAAGUUUGGGUAUAUAAGAUAGAAUACACCAUAGAAAGAGUAUAUGUUUAUUUUUGUUAGGGGACUUUCCCAAGAUAAUUUGUUGAUUGCCAAGUCUGAAGCUAUUGAGCAUGGGUAGGCAAACUAAGGCCCCGGGGGCUGGAUUCAGCCCAAUCGCCUUCUAAAUCAGGUCCACAGGCGGUCCAGGAAUCAUUGUGUUUUUACAUGAGUAGAAUGUGUGCUUUUAUUUAAAAUGCAUCUCUGGGUUAUUUGUAGGGCAUAGGAAUUCGUUCAUAUUUUUUUUCCAAAAUAUAGUCUGGCCCACCACAAAGUCUGAGGGACAGUGGACUGGCCCCCUGCUGAAAAAGUUUGCUGGCCCAUGCUAUUGAGGGCAGGGUGGUAGUAAUUAAGUUCCUUGUGUCCUUAUUCAUGAAUUUAUAAAAUUCCUAAAAGCCGCAUCAGCUGGUGCUGCUUACUUUAAAAUAUUUAAAUCUUUAUUUGAAUCAACUCUGGAAAUCCUGUGCCAAACGGUUUAUAACAAUGGUAAAUAAUGCUUGUGCAGGGGUGUCCCAUCAGAUCUUGUUGGUUUGCCUCCAUUAUUCUGAGCCUGGUGGCAGGCACCAAAGUGGUUCAGAACAGUAAGUAGGAAUGCAGACCUAUUUUCUAUGCUGUAGUUUGAGCUGAAGAAGUAAAGGCCUUAUAUCACAAGCAGAAGUCUGAGGUUCAUUGGAAAUGUAUUUGUUUGCAGAAAAAUGUGUUUAAUUGUUAUAGCACCCAACUGGUAUGCAUGCUGCUUCAGAAAAUAGAUGAAUUUCAAGAUGAAAGAUUUGAUUUAAAUCAGUCCACCCUGCCUUCAAUUUAAGAUUCAAUUUUGAUUAUCUUCCCAGUAAACUGUCUACUGUUGUUUUUGCUCCUGAUACAACUAUUUGUGUAUCUUUCCUUGAUGAGGAUGGUUUUUUUGUGUUUGCGUUUCUCAGAUGCCCUGAGAAUGCAAAUUAGCCAUUGAAAGGCAGGAUAAGCAUUUUGGAAAUAAGAAAUAUGAUUAUUUUCUGUCCUAUCAUGUGAUUAUAAAUAUGGAAUGGAUUAAAAUAGUUUACAUAAAUAAGCAUUUAUUCAUUUCUAUGCAGUAUUAUUUGAACACAAUCAGCCAGAAAUGUUUCCGGUGCAAAUGUGGGAAAGUUGUAAUUAACUGUACAGUUUCUUUGUGGAUUUACUUACUGCCCUAUUCUGAACUCUAGAUCAUUCUACUCUUCCUGAAUAACAUUUAAAAGUUGUAGUUCUUAGAAAUUUUUGUAUUUGUUUAUUUGCUGUAUUUAUUAUAUACUGCCCAGUACUGUAACAAUAUUCUUGACGGAAGUAAGAAAGAAAUGAAGUGAAUGAAGAUAGAAUUCUGCUUAGUUGCAGUGCCAUAGCUAUGUAGAUUUGACAUGAUAAGAAUAAUGGAAUUUUUUCUCUCUCCAUAUUGGAAAAGGAAGUGUAUGUCUCUUUUGCUGUGCAUUUUCUGUAUAGUGCUGUGAUUACGAUUGAUUGUGGAAAGCAAAGGGCUUUACAGACUUAGAUGUAUUUAUAAUGCAAUCACUCCGUUAUCUGAACAGGAGGGGAAAGAUCAAUUGCAAGAGGGCACUUUUCCAUUCGCUAGAUUACUGUCAAACACAUUUAUAACUAAAAAUAAAAUAAUCAAUCUACAAGAGAAUUAAGUGUAUUUCCUUCCUUAAUUUUAAAAUCACAUUUUUCUUUAUUUGUAAGUGUUGCCAGGAUGUAAACAUUCCCUAUUCAGGAAAGUCCAAAAUAUCAAUAUUAUGUGUAGAAUAAUUUGUUCAUUUGUUGGAAUACAUUAUGAAUAAAGCAAAAAAUUGCAGAUGGACCUCAAUUACUUCAGACGUGAAUGAUGCAAAAUAUGAUUUUAAGAAAUGGCAUUAGGAUUAAGCACACACAUUUUUUUUUUUAAAUCUAGCUAUUAGAAUAUGGUAUUGAUGAAUUUGAGUUAGUAGCACUGCAUUUAGGAAAUGCCCUUUCUAGGUAAACAAGUUAGCAAUAAAAUGGUUGGGGAGAUUUUAUUCUUACGAUAUUGACAGCUAAAGCUUUCUGAUGUGUCCUUUGUGCUUAACUUUCAGGAGUUGUUGGGUGUGUUUUGCAACUGAUGAGGAUGACAGAACAGCAGAGUGGGUGAGACCAUGCAGGUGUAGAGGCUCUACGAAAUGGGUUCACCAAACCUGUCUACAGCGCUGGGUGGAUGAAAAACAGAGAGGGAACAGUACAGCUCGUGUUGCCUGUCCUCAGUGCAAUGCAGAAUACUUAAUAGUAUUUCCAAAACUAGGUAAGAUGCGCACAUGAAACUUCCAUGAAGAGUGGGUUGCGGGGAGCACACAACUGGAAUAUUAUUAUAUUACCACCAUUACUACUAAUAUUAACCAGGGGCUCCAUCCCUGCUUGCUCAGCUCGCCAACCCCCUCACCCUCCCUUGGCAACUCUGCAUCUUUCACACCUCACCCCUAACCCCUAACCCUCACAGCUCCUUCCACCCACAUGCUGCCCACCCGUCAAUCACCUUAUGCCAUAUUGAUGUCAAGGGGUGCUUCACUUUCAAAGUGGACCACAGGGAUUUAAAACCACACUUUGUAAACAUCCUCAUGAGGCCUUUCAAGCCUCAGUGGGGGCUUGAAGGAGAUGUGCGGGGCUGGGUGCGAACUCCCAUCUGCCUAUAAGCAAUGCAAACUGUAGAGGGUGGUGACAUUUUACAUUCUUAUGUAAUAAGGAAGAUACCAUCAUUUGCCUUAUGCACAAUUGUCUCAAGGUGAUGUACAGUGACGCAAGGGACAGUGUAACAUUCAGGGUUGAAUUUUGUUCUAUUAUUAUCCUGCACUGAGAUUCUCAGAGCAGCUCAUAGCAUCCAAUCAUAAAAGACAGUGAUAGAGUAAAUAGAGGUAGUGCCAUGCUAUAUACUCUUUUGAUUCAUCAUCUCUGCUACAAAACUUUAUUUCUCCUUUAUGUUAUAGGUCCAGUUGUUUAUGUCUUGGACCUGGCAGAUCGCCUUAUCUCAAAAGCCUGUCCGUUUGCUGCAGCUGGAAUAAUGGUGGGCUCUAUCUACUGGACAGCUGUCACUUACGGAGCAGUAACAGUGAUGCAGGUUCAGAUGCACUUUCUAAAUGUUACAUUAUCUUAAUCAAGCUGCAAACUUCUAGACAGUUGCUGAAGAAGUUUGUUUGGUUUUUUGUAAGGAACAAAAUUCCGUGAGAGGAUUGGAAAACACAGUUUACAAGAGCGUGACUCCAUAUUCUUCUUUCCUUACCCAUGUGGUGGUUUUUCCUUACCUGCCUUGCUAUUUCAUGUAACUCUGUGCUUACAGAUUGCCAAAUCCCAUCUAACAGGCACAGCUGUAUUCAGCUCUUCCCUCUACACACACAAGCAUCUGUUUGAAUAAAUUUCAUCAUAAAUAUCCUGCAAAGCCUCGCAUCUGUCCAUUUCUGCCUGUGUCUGUAUUUCUCUGCAUAUGCCCACUUGUACUUGUGCUUUUCUAUUCAUUAACAAGCUCUGCUAAACUAUAUGGGAGUCACUGCGGCUAUUUGGAUGAGAAACAGAUUCCUUGAUAAAUCCUGUUGCUUCUACCUACGAUCUGAGAUUUUUCUCUUGCUUUUCUCAUGCUCACCAUGAUUCUCUCACUGCUUAUUGCUCACCUUUCCCAUUUUUGGGGGGUGGGGGUCAGGGGAAGGAAGCAGUCACUGUUUCACCAUAAAGCUUAUUGGAUGACCUUGGGCCAGUUAUUCUUGCUUGGGCUAGCCUUCCCCCUGUUGUGAUGAUAAAAUGCUUGUGUAUUCUGUUCUUCGAGGAAAGCUGGGAAACAAAUGAAAUAAAUACCUAGUUGAGAGGAAAGGGAUAAUGCUCAGAGCAAGCCCUCAGCCUGGAUAUAGACUUCCUAUAUAGUUUCAAUGAACAAGUUUGUUCUCAGCCUCUUCCCAAUUUUUCAUCUUUUCUGUCUAGAGGAAUACUUGGAGGAAAGAUACAAGCCAGGACUCCUUUUUUAUGCGCUCCUGCCUUUGAGUAUAGAUAUGGAGUCACUUGCAGUACCUUCACCAUCCAUCUGUUCACUUUAUAUAUAGUACUUGAAGCAGGCUUUUGACAACUGCACAGAUGUGCUCAAUGUACUGCUGCUGCUGUCAAUGUACUGCUGCUCAAUGUACUGCUGCUGCUGUCAUAACAGUUUUCAAUUAUUUAUAGACUGUGGUUAUUUAUCAGCACAACUGUAGAUUGAAAAAUAUCGGACAUUUAAAAAAGUUAGCUUUUCUCAUGGGUUCUGUUCUUGAUACAUAGUUCUAGGAACAUCAUUUUUGAGUAGCAUAUAUAUAUCAAACAUUUAUUUUAAAGUUUUUGUGGGGUAGUGCUCUUUCUUGACUGCAAUACUCCUCAUGACUCAUAUCAAGAUGCUUUUGGACAUAUAUAGCGGAAUUAAUACCAAAAACAGCUGCUUAAAAAUACAUCCUUGUUUCAGAUCUAUCUACAUUUCAGAUAUGUAUCUAUAUCUUUUUAAAAUGGUUUGUCAGGUUUCAGUUACAAGAUUGUUUCCUGUGCUGCCAAACUCAAAUGCAAUAAUUACGUAUACUCAGAAACAGGAUUAUUUGACUUGAUGGUGCAGUGGGUUCUAAAUGGAUAUCUAGCCUAAGAGAGACAAACAGUUGCCUAAUCGUAUGAGUUGCUCACCAGCCCAGAAGGUCUGGCACUCUGAUCUCAGUGUGCAAAAGAAGCUAAUAGUGCUACUAUAAGUGUACAGGGCAGUGGCAUGUAGGUUCUCUGGAUGGUGGUUCAAAUUAGGUUGUUCUUUAGUUGUAGCUCCUGAAGUCAAGCCAUUGUAAAGUAGCCACAUUACCUCUAUUUUAGAAUGGUGCUGUGCUUAAUGUAAUAAUGUAUUUUUUAUUCAUCAGGUUGUGGGUCAUAAAGAAGGCCUCGAUGUUAUGGAAAGAGCUGAUCCUUUAUUCCUUUUAAUUGGACUUCCCACCAUCCCAGUUAUGCUUAUAUUGGGAAAGAUGAUUCGCUGGGAAGACUAUGUGCUUAGAUUGUGGCGAAAAUAUUCUAACAAACUACAGAUUCUGAACAGCAUAUUUCCAGGUAAUGCUACCAAAAUUUGAGUAGAAUAUCUAGGCUUGGCUGUUUCUGUGAGGAGGGGUGGUAAGAUAGAUUUUAGUAUCCAAAAUAUAGCACUUCUCUUUUUCUCUCCUUGGUGCUAAGUAAAAAGACAUUGUCCAGCACAAUAUUUGCUUAGAUGAGUUCCAUCUCCCAAAUGCAGCUUGCAAGAAGGUAUUGCAGUAUAAAGACUAAAAACAGUGUAAUUGUGAGCAGCACUUUCUAAUCUGUGAAACUAGAAGUAAAUGCCAUAAAUAAUUUUAUUAGAAUGUGUUGCAGUACAUAAGUUUUCUGGCUGGGAGUACUCAAAACCAUUAAAUCGAAGAGCUAAUUGGAAUGGAGAGGUUAAAUUUGUAAUACAAAUCUGGUUUAGUGCACUCUAAUUCUUGGUUAGCAAUGGCAUUUUUCUUUAGGGAUUGGAUGUCCUGUUCCUCGUAUUCCAGCUGAGGCCAACCCUCUGGCAGAUCACGUCUCUGCUACUCGUAUUCUCUGUGGAGCUCUUGUCUUUCCCACUAUUGCUACGAUAGUUGGCAAGUUGAUGUUCAGCAGUGUUAACUCUAAUCUUCAGCGAACAAUUUUGGUAAGACUGUGUAAAGUUUCCUUUAUAGAACUAGAUUGGCAGACGUGUAGGAGAUUUAGCUUCUCUCUGCAUAUUUUCACCUUUGUCGUACUUCUGUCAAAUAACACGCUUGGUGUGUUUUGUUGCAUUUACUGUUACAUAAUAUCAGUUAAAACAUUCAGAAAGCAUUUAUAUGGCACUUUGGAGUUCGAGUAGGUCCUAUUUCAUAGGGUCUGGGGGUUAGUGGUGGUGCUUGGGGUCCAAGGAUACUUUCUGGUUGUUCCUUUGGAAUGCAUCCUUAACUGCACAUGAUGUCACAUAUAGCAUUAGAUAUGGAGCAGGUGGGUGGGGUUUUUUUUAGGAAACAGCCUGGUGAGCCAAAUUGGGACAUGCUGGAGGUGCCCCACCCUUGCUGUAGGAUUGCAUUCACACAAUCCUGUGAACCAUGGACUGGGCAUGAGCUGUGAAGGACUGAACAUCCUCUUUUUCUCUUUUGUGUCAGUAACCCCACCCACCUGUCAAAAUGGCCCACGGGGUGUGUGUGUGAGAAGGUUGAGAUUCAGCCCUAGAACAAAUCAUAACCCUCCCCUCCCCAUUUAAGUGAAUGAAAACUUUCAAAAGAAUGUGCAAACUCAGCAUAGAAACAUUAGAUUACCCCCAUUGUGACAGGGAAAUGUAUGCUUCGGGUUUUAGUACAGAAUUGCUCUAAUUAGCCGAACUUCAAAGGAAACGGGGCUUGACAAUCCUGUGUGUGUAUGUAACCAUUAAAAAAAUAUAUUAGGUGUUAAACGUGUUCUGUCAGUUUUGAAUAAUUGUUCCCUUUUAUUUUAGGGCGGAAUUGCUUUUGUUGCUAUAAAAGGAGCUUUCAAGGUCUAUUUCAAACAGCAGCAAUAUUUGCGACAAGCUCAUCGGAAAAUUUUAAACUAUCCUGAGCAAGAAGGUGCAUAAAUGACUGUGGAUGUCAGACUUUUACAAUCUCAUCUGCUAUAUUCAGCAGCAAUGUACCAAUACCUAUUAUUUGGCUAAAGGAGCUGAAAUUGGAGGAUAUGUUGCUGAUUUUUGUGGUCCCCACCCCACCCCCAUAGAAUAAUAAAAUACCUUAUUAUGGCAGGGCAAAUCCUCCUUAGUUGUUGAUCCUAAGAAUGUGAUUUGUUUUCACUGAUGUGUUUACUUUGUGGCGGAAGACAUCUGAAUCAUUUUCCUAUGGGCAAAUGUUGCCUUCUUUCAAAACAGAAGCCAAACAGUUGUGAAGUUAAUAAAUUAUGUGCAGACUGUAUUGAAUUAUAUUUUGUAUGCUUAUUGCAGUAAAUGCACAGUACUUUGAUAAAUGGGCCAAUAUAAGAAACUUCUAAAAAUAUGCAUAGUUUAUUAUUGCCAAGUGGAACUCUGGAAUGUCAGUUAAUAAGGGUUUCCGUAUUCAUAGAGGAAGCUAAAGAAUAAGCCUCAAAUUAGUGAUAGCAGAACUCAACUCAUUUUCUUGCUAGUUCACAUAGUCCAUCACAACAGCCCAGAUUGUUAGAAGUUUCAUUAAAUAUAGAAAAACCUGUCUGGGUCUGAUAACUUGGAACACCAGCAAAUUGCUUUUUUAUUUUUUAAAAAAAUUCAACAGAUUGCUGUCUUUUGGCUCUUACAUUGUAAUGCAAGUAGCAUUAUAUAUAAUUAACUCCUGUCUGCCACCAGUGAAACUGAAAAACUGAAUUACAAUCUAUAUGUGACUAGUUUCAAUAUUAGACUGUUGCUUAGUGCCAGUAUGCUGUGGAAGCACAACCAAAUUGUGGAGUCAUUAUUCAGGCUAAAACAAGAAGCAAGGGUUCAAAAACAAGCACUGGUAACACAUAGCUGUGUUUAGAAGGAAGUAUAAAUGUUCAGUUGUGAAUGUUAAAAGACUAUUGAUUACACAAGUCAAUCCUGCUUUACUGAAGUCAGUUUUCUAUUUUCUAUUUUUAUUUUUUUAAGACUUAUCUGGCACUCACCUUAACUGCAUCUCUUUUGAAAUCUAUUUUCAAAGUGUCCUUGAUUUUGGUGGCACCUAUAAGUAAAUUCUUUGGAUUGGAGCCUAGGUUCCUAUCUAGACAUGUGUGCACAAGUCCCAUUCCAGUCAAUGAGAUGGAUUUCCUAGUACAUGGCAGGAUUAAGGUUGAUAAGGGAGAUAUUUAAAUUGCACUUUUUCUUAACAGUAGAAAUUAGUGUAUCAGUGUUUAAAUAUUGGGUUCUGUACAAGUCACAUCAUCGCGAAGUAACAAAUGACAGUCAUUCUGAGUUUACAAGUGGUAUUUGCUUUGACAGGAUUAAAGAACCAUUGAGUGUAUCUUAAACUCUCAAAUUAUGUUCCAGUUCAAAUAUCUAAUGCAUGGAAAAGGUAAUAAACACAUCUUUUUAAAGUACUGAUAAAUAGUUGUUGACCAGAAGUGAUGCAAAUGGGGAAAAAGUCUUUGUUCGAUUGUAAUAACGUAUGCUAAAGAAAUAUUAUUUCCAUAGCAAGCUUUACUUUAAAUAUAAAAAAUGUAAUAUUUUAAAAGGUAAUAAUGACCAGCUAGUAUUCCAGCAUUGGUAUGUGGAAAAACCUAAAGCAUAACAGAAUACUUUAGUUUCUUGUUGUAAAUACUAAAAACCCCUACUGUAAGUCAAUUUGACUUUUGAUAUCUAUAUAUUUAUAUAUUCAGCAGUAUCCUGCAGAAUGUUGGCUUUCUAUGAGUUUUCAGCACUAUAAAACAUUUCUUGCAGAAAUUCCUGUUGUAAGAAGCCUUCUAGGUGAUCUUUACUUUAUAUACACCAGCUCUUUGAUACCUGCUGGUUUUUAAACUAUCUCUUACAAAACCUAAAAGUACAGAUUGGUUGGUCUAAAAUUUUGUUCUAUGGUAAAAUUGCUGAAAUUAUUGUUUUAUCACUACAAAUGUACUGUGAAGAAUGUGGGAUUAUAUUUUAAAUUCAGUUGCAAGAAGCAUUUCCUUGGUUACUGUGCUUUUGACAUGUUUUUAGUAGUGCAAUUUACGAUCACAUACUGGAUUAGAUUGAAUAAAGUUUUUUUAUAUUCUUUAGGUGUAUGGUGUCAAAUAUAGUAACAUAGAUUGCUUUAAUUCCUUUAAAUGUUUGGGGGAAUAAACUAUUAAACACUGAACUAUAUCCAUUGCUUAAUUUAACAACCAAUAUAUUAGUUGAUUAUUUCUACUAGCAUACAUCAACUAGCGACAUCAGAUUUCAGCUCCUACAAAGGAGCUUGCUGUUCAUUAUCCCAGUUCUACGAGAGCAUCUUCACACUGCCCAGAUUUAAUUAUGCAAGAUUAUGUUGUACUGUCUAUAAUUCCUUUCUCUUUUCCACUGCAGAUCCUUGGAUCAUGCCGCCAUUUGCUUUGCUUAAUUUCAUAAAAUGUCUGAGCCCACCUUCUCCAACCCCAAAUUAGUUAACCCAUUGCUUUAUGCUAAAUGAACAUUGGGAAAUGCAAGUUGUGUGGUUCUGGAAGUGAUAUUUCUAUUGCUGUGUAGGAGAUUGAAAGCCUCAAUGUGUGGCUGAGACAUUGGUGUUGGAAAGAGGGGUUUGGAUUUGUUAGGCACUGGAAAGUGGAAUCAAGGAUUCAAAGAGCCCCAUGAUAUAGGGAAGCACUGUCACAAGUGAAUCAAUGCUUGGCUGAUGUCGUAUACCUACAGCAGCUUCAAAAUUGGAGUGGUGGCUAUUCUAGAGGGUUUCUCCAGUUUCUGGAGUGGCUUUUCAGGGGCUGCAGUGGGAAGGGGGAGCUUAGAUUUCACAAGGAAGAAUCAAAAGUUCCCAUGCACAGACAGAAGAUCCACCAGUACACUGGCCUUGUGCCCAUUUGUGCAGUAAACCAGGAAACUAUUGCGUGCAAGGCAGCUCUGUGUACACAGCAAAAUCUCUUUGUCCACAAGGAAUUGCUGUGUUGUGCCAACUUCUAUAUUACAAUUGCAGAGCCUUUGCUAAUCCCGGUCUUCUUCCAUUUAGAUCACCAUUAAGAGUGCUCAUACCCAAGCUUUACAAAUUCCAGCAGAUGCAUUAGGUGUCUCGUCAAAAGAUGUGUAAAAUCCAUGGGGUUCCAGGAGUUUGUUCAGUAUUCAAGCAACCCUUGUUUACAUAGUAAGGAUGGCUCGUGUGAUCUCUCCCUCCCCGCCCCCCACAUACACAUUAGAAAAAAGUGGCAAAUACAGAAACAUGACUGAUUUAUCUGCCCAAGUUGGGGUGGCUUUUUAAGUCACUGUUUUCAAUUUAAAAACAAAAAACCCUGAACCAUUUCAUGCGCCAUGAAAUCCUCAACAAUUGAGGAGUUGCACUGUGGUGUUUCGUAUCCCUACCCUU